AUGCCAAUUAGGGGUCAAAUGUGUGUCCGACGAGUGUUUGGCACUCUCUUCACAGUCUUUGACAAGCCGCUAAAGGAGUUACUAUUCAAAGAGCAAACCUCCGAAACGGAUGGACACAAGUAUUUGACGGAAGCCCUGGAACUGAUCAAACCGGAGAGGAAUACGCUGUUCGUGUCGUUCAAGGAGCUCACCAAUUGGGACCAGGAAUUGGCCAUCGAUGUGACCAACAAUUACUACCGAUUUUACCCCUAUUUGUGUCGAUCGGUGUCCACUCUUAUCAACGAUGAGAAGCAUAAGUCCAACGAAGACUUGGAUGACUUGACGCUCAAUGUGAUCAAGAAUAAGGACUUUUACGUCGGUUUCUAUGACUUCGCCGACCGAACAAAACUUCGCGAAUUGAGAGCAACGAAGAUCUCAUCGCUGGUGAAGAUCGUCGGACAAGUGGUUCGCACGCAUUCAGUACAUCCGGAGCUCAUCUCCGGUACGUUUGAGUGCUUCGAUUGCGGCACAGAAGUGGCGAACGUUGAGCAGCAGUUUAAGUACACUUUGCCCACCAUUUGCCGCAACACUGUCUGUUCCAAUAGAUCCAAAUUCAGACUUCUUCUCCAUAAGUCACGAUUCGUUGACUUCCAAAAGGUUCGCAUCCAAGAACUCCAGGCAGACCUUCCCAGGGGUUGUAUCCCAAGAAGUCUUGAUAUUGUCAUCAGAGGUGGAGAUCGCGUGGAAUGCGUUCAACCGGGAGAUAGGGCUGACUUCGUGGGCUGUCUUAUAGUAGUUCCAGAUGUGGCGCAACUGAUUGCUGGCAGCGGCGGACUCGUGAGGACAGAGACCGGCGCGGGAGGAGAUGGAGGUCUGAGAGGACUGAAAGCUUUAGGAGUACGCGAAAUGUCACAUAAGAUGGCAUUCCUCGCGAGUUCUUGCAUUCUGGAGGGCAAUGAAGUGCCCGUUCAGUUGGAGGACAGGAAUGCGGACACCAAUAGCGGCGCAAAAGACUUCUCAAUGUUUAAAGAGGAAGAGAUCAUAAGAAUCGAGAAAAUGACAAAAGACAAGAACCUCUACGAGAAUAUAACCAAAAGUCUUUUUCCGUCCAUUUUUGGCAACGAAGACAUCAAAAGAGGAGUUGUUUUGCAACUCUUCGGCGGAAUUCCGAAGACGACAAUAGAAGGAACUCAUUUGCGCGGAGACAUCAAUGUCUGUAUUGUUGGCGACCCGUCCACUGCCAAGAGUCAGUUCUUGAAGAUUAUCGCCGACUUCGCGCCCAUUCGUGCCAUAUAUACGUCGGGUAAGGCGUCGACGGCGGCCGGUCUGACGGCAGCGGUGGUGAGAGACGAAGACGGAGGGUUUGUCAUCGAAGCCGGCGCUCUAAUGCUCGCCGAUCAGGGAAUCUGUUGUAUCGAUGAGUUCGACAAAAUGGAUAUCAGGGAUCAGAUCGCCAUUCACGAGGCUAUGGAGCAGCAGACCAUUAGUAUCACAAAAGCCGGAGUAAAGGCCACUCUUAACGCGCGCACAUCCAUCCUGGCGGCGGCCAACCCUAUCGGUGGCACUUAUGACAGAAGCAAAUCUCUGCGAAACAAUCUGUCGUUCUCUCUGCCAAUUAUGUCCAGAUUUGACUUAUUCUUCAUACUUCUCGACGAAUGCAACGAAACCACUGACUAUGCGAUCGCCGAACGAAUCAUUGAUAUGCACUCCGGAAAUAUGGACAACAACUCCGAUGAUGUGGUCUACUCUUUGGAUGACUUAAAGAAUUACAUUCGAUUCGCGCGACAAUUCAAACCAAAGAUGACUUUAGAGUCCGAGAAAUAUUUGGUCGAAACGUACAAACAGUUGCGUCUCUCGGGCUGUGAUAACGGCGGAGGCUUUAAGAGCGGUAAGCAGUCGUGGAGGAUCACUGUCCGACAGUUGGAGUCUUUGAUCCGAUUGUCCGAAGCCAUGGCGCGAAUGAAUUGCAGUGAUUUCGUCGAAACCAAACACAUUAAGGAGGCGUCGCGUCUCCUCAAUAAGUCGAUCCUCAAGAUAGACGAACCGGACGUGAAUCUCGUGGACACUGAGGACACCCACGAAGACGAGGAGAUGGAGGACAUGAGCAAAGAGCCGGACUCUCAGAAAGACAUGACCGACACAACGAUGCCGUCGACUCUGAAAAUCUCUUACGAUGUCUACAAAUCGAUAACUAAUAUGUUUGUCAUUCGUCUGCAAAGGGAAGAGUUGAAGAUAGAGGAGGGAAACAGCGAUGGUAUGAAACGCUCGGAACUCAUUGAAUGGUAUUUGAAUGAGUGUCAGGACAUCGAGACUGAAGCAGAUUUGGUGCACAAGAAACUCGUUUGCGAUCGAGUGGUCGACAAACUUAUAAAUACCGAUCACAUCCUUAUAGCACUCCAAACACCCGAACCAAUUGGCACUGAAACCGAGAAAGAGUCCACUCCUGACCCUAUCCUUGUCGUACACCCGGACUAUGUCUCCGAAGACUUGUAA